AUGACGCCUGAUACGGAUCUGCUCAGAGAUUUGCAGUCUUCUGGCGUCAGGAUGUUCUUAUGUGGCAGCAUCGACAGCAUCAUCCUCAACAGAUACGGAGCGAGCAGGACAUUGUCGGAUGAAUCGCCACCACCAGUAGUCACGGAAAUUGCAUACGCAAUGAAAUCGUGCGUGAUUGUGUUUGACGCCAGAAGGCGGGAAACAAACACUGCAUUGCGGUCCAAAAGCUCCAAAAUGUUUAGCUUGACCAAACUGUCGGCAUUCAUGUACAAAUCCAACAAGGCGCUGCACAAGCCGGCAUCCAGGAGUGUCUUGAAGACAGCAUCUGAUGUACCGCCAAUGUGCGCGCAGAAUUCGGCCAUUCGAACGGAGAUGACGCUGUCGGAAUCGGAAUCACGCAUAGUGGUCCGUAUCAUCUCCAGGCGCUUCUCGUCAAGGGAACCCGGGCGGCGCCUCAGUAUCUGA